AAGUAUUGCCUUCACUUUCAACCCGUACUUUCUCUGUUUCUAAACACCCCCCACAAAAUUUUCUCACUCGAGAAUUUUCCCGGAAAAUCUCACCUUUUUCGAUUUCUCAGUCAAGACAAACAACAACAAAAACUCUAAAUUCUUUCUUAAUUCUUGCCAAAUUCGAAGGAGAGAGAAAGAGAAAAAGAAAAGGAAAAAAGGUUAAUGGCAUCACUGGGAUCUCCGUCUUCUUUCUGGUGCUACCGCUGCAACCGCAUAGUUAGGGUUCCACAAAACCACGCCGUUCUCCUCUGCCCCGAUUGCAACUCCGGCUUCCUCGAAGAGCUCCAAACCCCUCCCCACUCGCGCCGAUCCACGCGCGGCGGCGGUGGGUCCCCCUUCAACCCGGUAAUCGUCCUGCGCAACGCAAACGACGUCGUCUCGCCCGAAACGCGGAACUUCGAACUCUACUACAACGACGCCGUUUCAGGUUCCUCCGGCCCAAGCAGUCUCCGUCCUUUACCACAGGGAGUAUCCGAGUUCCUCAUGGGCUCCGGCUUCGACAAUGUACUCGACCAGCUCGACGCCGCCGCGGGGGGCGCCGGAGCACUGCCCCCCACGGCAGCGUCGAAAGCGGCGAUCGAGUCGAUGCCGGUGGUUAAGAUCCUCGCGAGCCACACCUACGCGGAAUCGCACUGCGCGGUCUGCAUGGAGAAUUUCGAGAUCAACUGCGACGCACGUGAGAUGCCGUGCGGUCACGUGUACCAUUCCGAGUGCAUCGUGCCGUGGCUCUCGGUGAGAAACUCGUGCCCCGUGUGCCGCCACGAGGUUCCUUCGGAUGAAGUUGAAGAAAGUAAUAACAAUACUGUGGGGUUGACUAUUUGGAGACUUCCUGGGGGAGGAUUCGCUGUGGGCAGGUUCAUCGGAGGGAGGGAGCUCCCACUGGUGUAUACGGAGAUGGACGGCGGGUUUAACGGCGCUAACGGCGUUCCAAGGAGAGUCGCUUGGGAUAGCUCCGUUGGGAGGUCUAGGGAGAAUAGAGGCUUCGGUGCUGCUUUCAGGAAUGUUUUUUCGUAUAUCGGGAGGGUUAGGAGCUCGUUUUCUCGCCGAACGAGAAAUUCGCGUGCCAACGGAAGAUCUCGUUCUUAAACAACGGUCUGCAAUUGCAAUUUCGAUCGUAACGUCAAGGUUAUUAGAGCUCACUGACUGUGACGCGGUCGCAAUUGAUGCUGCGCUGUCCUCAACAUUUUUCUGCAAUUUUCUACGAUAUCAAAGGCUGCGGUGAUGAGACCGCAAUCGCAGAUUCGCAGUAAGGUUUUAAGAAAAAACGUGAUUGCAAUUGACGUCACAUCAGCUGCAUUUGUCUGCAAUUUUUCUGUUGUAUUCGGAAACAAUGACGAGACUGCAACUUUUUUUACCACAGUGGGAUUUUUCGAUUUUUGUGAUGUUUUUAGUUUGCUAAGUAUUCGUUUGAAUUUUUAGAGGAAAUGCAUUUUUUUUUUGUAAUGUUUUUAGUCUGUUAAGUAUUCGAUUGGAUUCUGAUACUGUAAAUACUAUAACUGAUCAAACGGUUUCUGGAAUUGCUGAAUGGCGUUUUUGAAUUAGCUCGGGGUUUUGGGAACCGGAUAAGAAGAGCAUUCAAGCAGUUGUGAAUCACCACUGUUGGAUAAAGGUUUAAACUUCAGAUAUGUUUUUAUAAUUGAUAAUUGAUAACAGAUUCGAGAUAAAAUAUGAUUUGUAUUUCCUGAA